AUGAAGUCCGCCAUCCUGUACCCGUACGGUCCACUGCGGGGGGCGAACGGGUGCUGCCGGAUGCUGCACGCCAAGCACUUGGCCCUCACCAGCGCCAUCUACACACUGAACAUUUCCAUCCUGGUGGUGCUGCUGUACUCGUGGCGCAUCAGCGUGAACGUGAAAAAGUACGGUGACCUGGAGGACGUCUACUACGGGGUCCAGAUAGCGUACUUUGCCAUCAUCGGCACGCAGUGUUCGAUGAUUCUGCUCAGCGUGGUGCUCAUUUUCGGCAUCUACCGGGAAAACAUCGGUCUGGUGGUACCGUGGAUUAUCGGGUUCAUCACCUUCAUGGCGCUGGAAGCGGUCGCCAUGGUGUACUCGAACGUUCUGCGGGACCACGUCAACCGCCAGUUCGAUUCGCUCUGCAAGGCGGAGGUGGCGUUCUUCGUGGCGCGUGCCGUCAUCAAUAUACUGGCCAUGUGGGCCGUCACCCGGUUCUACAACCUGCUGCGGGCCGGCGUCACCUGGAAAGGGCCGGAGCUGAUCGAACUAUGA